GGGUUGGUCGUUUUAAAUACGUAGCGAGCCUCGAGCCGCCGGCUGUACGCUCGUGCUGUCCGACGGGUGGAGUUUGGCUGCAGUCCGCAAGACAAAGACAAAGUGGAGGGACGAAGCCCUGCUGUACCAUGCCGGACUUAACGUGACUGAAGGCCUUUGUGACUGCUGCGGAGCUCCCGGAUCUUCACCAUACCAGAGAACCACCUGCUGUACCCACUUGUUUUUGUUUCAGUGUUUACAUCUCUUUCGCCAGUGGGACGCAUUUCUCCAAUAGCAGCAAGGGACAGGCCGUUUGUUAGCGCACCUGCGUUAAAGAAUUAACCCCCACUCUCUUUUUUUUUUUUUCUUUUCUUUUUUUUUUUUUCCCCAACUGUAGUCAUCUCAGUUUCAGAAUCCAGUUUGUGGUGAAACUAUUGAAUUAUUUAACAUUGCCCAAGAGGGCAGCAACAAGAUGGUCUCCUGUAUUUGCAUUGAUUCUCGGUUCAGUACAAGGAGAAUCUCCGCCCUGUAAUUAUCUCGAUGAAGGCCUUUUUCUGACAAAACGAUAAAGGCCACUUGGGGCCAGGAGGUGAGGACCAGCACCUCUUCUGACAUUUGCUCCGCCCUGUAAUUUUGUGCUUAAAAAACUGCAUCGCCCACCUGACUUCAAAGAUGGAGCUCUUCUUCAACCCUUUUGAUAACUUGCUGUGUAUCCUGCUGGGCAUCUCCUUCACCGUGUGGUUCACCCUGCUGCUGGUCUUCAUUAUUGUGCCUGCCAUCUUUGGGGUGUCCUUCGGGAUCCGGCGUCUUUAUAUGAAAACACUGUUAAAGGUCUUUGAGUGGGCCACACUUAGGAUAGAGAGAGGAGCAAAAGAAAAGAAUCACCACCUGUACAAACCCUACUCAAAUGCUAUCAUUGCCAAGGAGCCAACCUCCUUGGAGGAGGAGAUCAAAGAGAUCCGGCGGAGCGGCAGCAAUAAAGACCUGGACUCGGCCACCGAGUUUGAGUUAUCUGACAUUUUCUAUUUUGCUCGACGAGGAGUGGAAAGCAUCAUGGAUGAUGAAGUGACCAAGCGGUUUACUGCCGAGGAACUGGAGUCCUGGAAUCUGCUGACCCGCAGCAACUACAACUUCCACUAUAUCAGCCUGAGGCUGACUGUCCUAUGGGGGCUGGGCCUGCUGAUCCGCUAUGGUUUCCUGCUGCCUCUCAGGGUCACACUUGCCUUCACUGGUGUAGGCCUGCUUGUGUUCCUCACCUCUGUUGUUGGGAUGCUACCAAAUGGAAGGAUGAAAAAUUUUCUGAGUGAGAAAGUCCAUUUGAUGUGCUACAGAAUAUGCGUCAGAGCUUUGACUGCCAUUAUAACCUACCACGACAGUGAGAAUAAACCCAAAAAUGGAGGCAUCUGUGUGGCUAACCACACGUCACCAAUUGAUGUCAUCAUCCUGGCUAGCGAUGGCUGCUAUGCUAUGGUUGGGCAAAUCCAUGGUGGCUUGAUGGGGGUCAUUCAGAGAUCCAUGGUCAAAGCGUGUCCACAUGUUUGGUUUGAACGCUCAGAGGUAAAAGACAGACAUCUUGUGGCCAAAAGAUUGAGUGACCAUGUAGAAGAUAAAUCUAAACUGCCCAUCCUUAUUUUCCCAGAAGGUACCUGCAUUAACAACACAUCAGUUAUGAUGUUUAAAAAGGGCAGUUUUGAAAUUGGUGCCACAGUCUACCCUGUGGCCAUUAAGUACGAUCCCCGCUUCGGAGAUGCUUUCUGGAAUAGCAGCAAGUUUGGAAUGGUCAACUACCUUCUGCGUAUGAUGAGCAGCUGGGCCAUCGUCUGCAGCGUGUGGUACCUUCCUCCCAUGUCUAGAGAGGAGGGAGAGGAUGCAGUACAGUUCGCCAAUCGUGUUAAAGCAGCCAUAGCCAGGCAAGGAGGACUGGUUGAUCUCUUAUGGGAUGGAGGACUGAAAAGAGCAAAGGUCAAAGAUACCUUUAAAGAAGCACAGAAGCUGUACAGUAAAAUGCUGGUGGGCACCCAGGAAGACCGCAGCCGUUCCUGAAGGACCUUUUAAUGGAAAUGGAUUGGCUCAGAGGCCCAUCUGGGCACCUCUUACUGAUUAGGCAAUCAGCAGCGGUCCCUCUCUAUCAGAGCCCCUGGACUGGAAAAUUCUGUCCCUGAUGUCAAAAGUACUCUAUUUGGCUUCCUCCGUCACUGCCUCAGUCAGGCAUGUUAAGUUGCUUCACUGUUACGGGUCAUUCUGAGUCUGCUUCCCUGUGUUGGAAUAGCUUGACUGAAGCCUCGCUUGCAUUAGAAAUGAAGCAACAGAAAGUCUUCCUUGGUGGCAGUCUUUUAAGAAAAAGUGUUUUUAUAUAUAUAUUUUUUUUUUUUUGAUGGUUUCAUUUUUUUGAAGAUUUUCCAGUCAGAUUUUUAUGUUAUGUAUAAGUUUCAGACUUGAUUAUACCUGGGUUGUGCAAGAGCAUCACUGUAGAUAUAACUAAUUUGUCCUAAAGCUAAAACCUGUGACUGAGUUGGAAUUUUUUUUUUUUUCCCAUGACUGGCUUGUAGCCUUGAUUCAGGGCACGGUGCCAGAUUUUGUUACAUUUAAGAUAUUUUUAUGGGCUUUUUCCAAGAUGAAAAACAAACUUGUAUUUUAUCAUUGUGUUUUACAUUAAGACUUGUAUCUACACAUGGUCACUAUAGGAGCUGCGCUUGAGACGUGUUCCUGAUAUGUUGUCUGUGACUUAUGUUUUUCCACGGAAUGUGUAAGUGCUCACAUUAUGAAGUGGAAGAUGUGCACCCACAGUUACUCUGAUGGAAGUUUGUAGAUUUAGGCACAUAUUCCUGUUCCAGCUAAUAACGCAGCAUAACUGGAAUAAAGGGGUUCAUUUUCUUUAGCAUUGUUCCUGUAAGGCUUGUGUCACACAGGUAGCAGUGUAAAAUCAUAACAGUGGGUCUCCUCACUAAACAGAAAUGAUGGCGAACAGUCGCACAUACUCGUACUAAUACACCUUUUAAACAGACAUCUUUUCAUUGGCUUCCUGCCAUUGCAGUGAAUAUCUUGGCUAGUUUAAAGUAAACUAAAAGCUAUUGUUUAUUUCCCCCCCCCCCCACUAAUGACCUUUUUCCUACUUAGCAGCCUCAAGGAGGUUUCAUGGACAAACUGCAGCUUUACUUUGAACUCAAGAAACUCGGUGGAGAGCCUCAUGGAUUUCCCUGAGACCUUUAUCUCGCUGCUCUGUGUUAUCAGGGGUAGUCAUUUAGAUUGUGUCAAAUUACUUCAUCAAAAUAAAUGUUCAAGAAUGUGGCACUA